AUGGCGUCUCGAUUACCUGCGCUCCUGGCUUUGGCCCUACCGGCGGUCGCCGCCACAACUCACAUCCCAACUCGCGACGUCACCUCCACCACAAAUCCCGGCUUCGUCUCCUUUCCCAUAAAACGAGGAUCAAAGACACUCGCAGCCCGUGACGCCACGGCAUCCCUGAUCAAUGAGCAGGAUACCAGCUACCUGAUGGAGCUCACCUUUGGCUCCAACGCCCAGGCAGUCAAGAUCGCAAUCGACACGGGGUCCGAUGAGCUGUUCGUGAACCCCAACUGCAACGACCGCGACUUCACCCAAUCACAGCAACAAGACUGCACCGAGGACGGCAAAUACAACCCCAGCACCUCGUCAACGUCCAACGUGACGCAGGAGACCUCGCAGAUCGUGUACGGCUCGGGCGCCGUCAACAUACAAUAUGUCGUCGACAGCAUCGGGAUACCGGGCGCAGGCACGAACAUGACGGAUGUGCAGUUCGGUGUGGCGACUGCGUCGCAGGACCUGAACGAGGGCAUCCUGGGUCUGGGCUUCGGCAAGGGUGUCAACCUGAACUACUCCAACUUUGUGGACCAGCUGGCCGCGCAGGGCGUGACAAACACAAGGGCCUUCUCCGUCGCGCUGGGCACGAGCGACACCGCGGGCGGGAACAUCAUCUUCGGCGGCGUCGACACUAAGAAGUUCUCGGGCUCCCUCGCCACGAGCACCAUCCAGAGCCCGGCCAGCGGCGACAUCCAGCGGUACUCGACCCAGAUGAACAGCCUGACCUUCAAGAGCGGGAGCACGUCAAACAAGUACUCGGGCAGCGACCUGAGCGUCGUCCUGGACACGGGCUCCAGCCUGUCCCUGCUGCCGACCUCGGUCGUCAGCAGCAUGGCGGAGGACUUCAACGCGCAGCAGGACUCGUCGGGCCUGCUGGAGGUGGACUGCAGCCUGCAGAACCAGGACGGGUCCUUGGACUUCGAGUUCGACGGCGUCACCAUCAGCGUGCCCUUCAGCCAGUUCAUCCUGAGCGCGGGCGCCAACUCGUGCAUCCUCGGCGUGCAGGCGGUCGAGUCCAACUCGGGCAUCACCGCCCUCCUCGGCGACACCUUCCUGCGCUCCGCGUACGUCGUCUUCGACCAGACCAACAUGAAGAUCUCCAUGGCGCAGUACGUCGAGUGCGGCACCAACGAGCAGGCUAUCGCCACCGGCAGCGACGGCGCCUCCAAGUUCACCGGCGAGUGCAGCGGCACCACCUCGAACGCGUCCAAGUCCGCCGGCGAGCUGAACAGGCCGGCGGCCUCGACGUCUAUUGUUGGGUUCGUGGCGGGUGUUGCCGCGUUGAUGUUCCUUUUCUAG